GUGUGAAUGACAGGUAUCUCCUCGGCUAUAGAUGUGCAGGUAUAGAUAGCUAUCCAGCUAUGCUUCCUUUUCGGAUUGUGUGGUAACCUCUCAGGUAUGUUGCCUUGAUGAGAGCUCAACUGGUUAUGACGUCGGAAGCCGAGUUGUGAGAGAGAGAAACGCAUGGUAUAUAAACAGAUGAAAUGCGAGCAAAAUUAUCAUUUACAUCAGAGUCAGAUUCGAGCGUACUCUACUUCACUCAUCAUACGAGAUGAGUUCGUCAUCAUCAUCAACCCACCACCACAUGAGCAUAUCCUCAACUACUGGGAACAGAAAGCUGCCCUUGCUGCCGACGCGUCCGCUGCUGCACCUGCUCCUUCUCCGCUCACUGUGGAACCACCAUCGCCGGGGGAGAUCAUGCUGGGUGACAGUCCAGUUCAACACUUGGCUCCACCUGCUACCUGGGCACCACAACGUGUGGUGCCAACAACUCUGACCAACAACAACAACAUGAAGCAGAAGCAGGGGAAGAGGAGGUUGGUGUUUGACGAGCCUGAGGUUAGCGGGGAUGAGGACGAGACAAUCUUCUCACAAACAAAGGAUUCGAACCCAGAGUCUUAUGCAUAA